AUAUUCUAUUGUGCAUUUCGUGCUGAACAGUGGACAUCAUUAUGUUCGACUUUCUAUUGGAUGGUUAUGUGUCUGUCAUAGUUUUGUUGAUUACGUUUUGUCUGUAUAUUUACUGGGGUACGAGACGACCACCCGGUCUUCCUCCAGGGCCAAUUCCCCUCCCUGUGGUUGGUAACAUACCCUCGUUACUAGCAAAAGACACUAUAGCGACCUUUGCUCGACUCAGAGAUGAAUACGGUGAUAUUUUCAGCCUUGUUAUCGGUAAUGGAGUUUUAGUUGUCGUCAAUGGUUACGACACCAUUGAAGAUGUGUUUGUACAGAAUGGAGACCUAUUUUCAGAAAGACCCCAGAAUCUUGGUUAUAUUAAAAUUACUAGAGGUUUAGGAAUUAUCAGCACCAAUGGAGUGAAGUGGAAAGAACAACGACGAUUUGCUCUGAGUACUUUAAGAGAUUUUGGAAUGGGUCGAGUUCAGAUGUUUGACAGAAUAACGAAUGAAUGUCAGAAAUGUUUGAAUAACUUUGCAGAACAAAAUGGCCGACCCUUUGAUCCUAAUCACGUGAUAGGAGCGUCGGUUUGCAAUGUUAUAUGUAAUGUUGUCUUUGGUAAAGGCUUUGCCCAUGAUGACCCAGAAUUCCUAAGUUAUUUACAAGUGAUGCAUAGCAGUGCCAAAGAAGUGGGCAAUACGGCGUUCAUGCAUUUCUUUCCACUCCUUCAGUUUUUUGCUAACCGAGCUCUUAUGAAAGCUGACGUUAAGAUUCGAAGAGGUUUUAUCGCCAGACACGUUCAAGAACAUCAACAAACGUUUGAUGAGAAUAACCUGAGAGAUUUUGUGGAUGUUUUUCUUAAACAAAUGGAACACAGAGAAUCCGAAGAAAUGCCAACGUUUCAUUAUGAAAAUUUACUUCAAAUUGUCAGUGAGUUCUUCUUCGCCGGAACUGAAACAACAACGACAACAUUAAGAUGGGCGAUACUCUUUCUCGCUCUCCAUCCCGAGCAGCAAACAGUGGUACAGGAGGAAAUAGACAGAGUUAUCGGCCGUGACCGGAAACCGACAACCAAUGACAGGAAGUCAUUACCAUUAACAGAGGCCACCAUGUUGGAAGUUCAGCGUCUUGGUGACGUAGUUCCGCUCUCUGUACCACAUGCUGUUGCCGAGGAAACAGUAAUUAAUGGUUACCGUAUUCCAGCCACCGCUAUUAUUUUACCCAAUCUCUCAUCGGUUCUCAAAAGCAAAGAAUUGUGGGGUGACCCCGAAGUAUUUCGACCAGCUAGAUUUUUAGACAAGGAAACAAAACUUCUGAAAGUUGAUGCUCAUAUUCCAUUUUCAUUAGGAAAACGGAUGUGUCUGGGAGAAUCCCUAGCUAGAAUGGAACUCUAUAUCUUCAUGACUAUGAUGUUGCAGUCCUUUACAUUUAGUUUGCCGGAUACAGAACCACCGCCAUGUUUACAGGGUGUUCUGGGUAUAACUAGAAUGCCACAUCCAUACAACAUCAUUGCGACUAAACGUUAAUGGGCAUAUUUUCAAAGGAGGAAUAAUAGUAGUGCCGUUUUUAAAUUGGUAUACAGAGGCGUUUUCAUCGACUACCCCUCUUCUCUCUUAAAGGGACAAUAACACUCUUGCUGGCUUGACAGCUCCAGAAAAUGAAUAAUAGCCUUAUUAUAAGUACUAGAUAUUUAAGUGUCCUACCUGUUGUGUAAAUUAUCCAUUACAUCCUAUUUCGAAAAUAUUUUUAAAUUGAAGUCACAUUUGAAAAGGGUAACGUUAGGCUUUUCAAAUCAUUUAGUUGAAUUUUUCCAAUUUUUUAAAUUAGGUUGGUUAAGAUGAAAUUUGUAUCACCAAUUAAUUGGAAUAUUGUAAAAUAGUACAAUUUGUUGACCAGAAUAGAGAUUGGGACAUAUUAUUCAGUUACAACAAGAGUGGUAUUGGGCCUUUAAAGAUCACUCGACUACACACUAGUUAUAGAUAGACCUUAUAAAAAGCGUCCAUGGUUAUAGCGAUAAACGGGGGGUUGGAUUGCCGAAUUUUUAGCACGCGCGCGCUGUAUCAUGAGGCCUGUCAUUGAGUCAACUGGCGUAGUUUCGAAUCCCCGGUUGUACGUGACAAGGAGUAGGGUUGCCUGUCCAACCUCGUGGGUUUUCUCCGGGUCCUCCGGUUUCCUCCCACUGCUAAAGACCCCUACGCGCAAGCGAAUUAUUGAAAUAAAAUUAAACAAUAUGUUAGUCCCGAAAUGUCGAGUGGACGUUAAACCCCAUUUCUCUCUCUCUCUCUAUAGCGAUAAACAACACUCGACUGUAGAAUAGUUAUAGUGGUUAAUAGCACUUGACUACAUAGGCGUAGAGGAGCCGGGCGGGGGAGGGGCAGCCCCCGAUUAAGUGAACCGCCCAUUUCUCGGGCAAUGUAUUUCCGUUUUUCGAGCACAAACAUCAGAGAAUGAGAUCACAUAUCAUAGAAAUAUACUUGUAAAGUGAAAUCGCUCACGGUUUACGCUUUAAAUACUAUGCUACUUAAGACCUCGAGUAAUAACAUUUUGGAAAACUCAUUUUAGUUGAAGAAAAUUUUCGGGCAAAUAGCCUCACCCCCCGCCCCCAACUGAGAUUGGGCCCCUAUGCCUAUGCUUCACUACAGAAUAGUUGAUAGUGAUAAACAAUUUAUCAGCGAUAAUAAGCCAUAAUAAAUAUAUUUUCUAUUAUCA